ACAAAAUACUGGUUUUCAUUUGACAUUUACUUUUUUCCCAGGUUAGUCUCUUCCAUUCAUGCGUCGUUGGCCACUGCAGCUGGACUGACAGAUGUGACAUCCUGCAGCGAUGUGAUGACUGACAGUCACUGGCUGAUCAAUUGGUUUGUUUCAUUUGGAGCUUCCUACAUGGCCAGCGACAUUUAUUUGAUGUAUUUAAGCCACUACUACUUUCAAGGGGUCAAAGGUCAUGCCAGUGCCUUCAGCAAACACUCGCUUCAGACAGUGAAAGCGUUCCUCAUCAAGGACUGGAUGCUGGUCCUUCAUCACCUGACGCUCCUCCUCGUCUUCCUGCCCAUCACCCUGUUCUUCAGAAGAGGACUCGGUGAUUUCUUCAUUGGCUGUUUCUUCACAACAGAGAUGAGCACUCCUUUUGUUUCUAUAACAAAGAUUCUGCUCCAGCUUGGCCUUGAUAACACCAGGCUGCACAGAAUCAAUGGCAUCUUCGUUCUGACUUUCUUCAUGUGUCGUAUCUUGAUCUUCCCCAUCAUGUACUACGUGUACGGGCGGCAGUACGAGAUCCCCCUGCACAAAGUGGCCUUCCAUCUGCCUAUCAAGUGCAAUGUGGGAAACCUGGUCAUCCUGGUUCCACAGAUAUACUGGUUCAUCCUCCUGUUCAGAAAAUCCAUCAGGCUCUACAAGAGGCACGCGAGACAGCACUGACACGACCAGAGCUGACUGAAGACUACAGCUGGUUAUAAAAAUUCUGAUCUCACACAGAAGCAGAUCUCAGCAAUUGACUG